ACUCGCUGAGGUCAACCCAAUUUGAAGCUCCGCCGUCGACUGGACCGGUGGUGGAGAUUGCAGUCUUGCAGAAGGAAGACCAAUCAUCAGACGAGAUCCCCACACCAAUAGAUCUCUUCCGCGUCACAUCGCACGGCAAUGCCAUCCGCCGACGCCGGCGACACGAUGCCCGCGCAGGCGCCGGAAACAAGGGCGGUCAUCUCGCACGUCAUCUUCGACAUGGACGGCCUCCUCCUCGAUACGGAGGGGUUCUACACGACGAUGCAGGAGAAGAUCUUGGAGAGGUAUGGCAAGGUGUUCGACUGGUCCGUGAAGGCCAAGAUGAUGGGCAAGACCACGGCCGAGUCCACGCGCAUCUUGUUUGAGGAAUUCGACCUCUCCCGCCUGCUCACCCCGGAGCAGUUCCUCGAGGAGCGCGAGAUCAUGCUCCAGAUGCUCCUGCCCACCUGCGUUGCCAUGCCAGGUGUGGAACGCUUGAUCCAUCUUCUCCAUACAAAUGGAAUACCUAUAGCUGUUGCAACUGGAACCCAUAAACAUCACUUUGCAUUAAAGACACAAAACCACCAGGACAUAUUUUCCCUGAUGCAUCAUAUUGUCACAGGGGAUGAUCCAGAAGUGAAGGCGGGGAAGCCAUCUCCUGAUAUUUUCCUUGCUGCUAUGAGGAGAUUUGAGGGUAAUGUAGAACCCAGUAAUUGCUUGGUAUUUGAAGAUGCACCAUUGGGUGUGGCAGCAGCCAAAACUUCAGGAAUGCACGUGGUGAUGGUCCCAGAUUCAAGGCUAGAUGUUUCACAUCACAAAGGAGCUGACCAAGUUCUCACUUCACUAUUGGAAUUCAAUCCUAGCGAAUGGGGCCUGCCACCUUUUAUGGAUUAGAUUAUUUUUUCAGAGUCAUCAAAUAUGUUUCCCAGACACACAGGUCCUAGAACCACACACAGUACACGUCAUAAAUUUCAUAUUCAUAUUAGAGAAGUGUUUAUGUUGCAUAUAGUUAAUUAGAAAUUUGAACAGAAAGAAAAGGAACACUCCUGGUUUUGCCUAGUAAUAUACUGGUCUAGCUAGACAUUUGUGCUGCUACUGCAGUUUACAUUAUUUUUAAGAAUCAUCCUUCAUAUAUGGAUUUUAUUAACUGAAAUUUCAAUUGAUGUUGGAACUAGUGCCAACAUUUUGAAUUUUCUA